AUGCUGCGCCGCGUCAAGCGCUCGUCGUCGUCGCCUCCUCCUCCUCCUCGUCCCGCCGUCCGGCCUCACCUCCCACCGCCCGCCGACGACCUCGACUACGACGAGCUCAACUUUCUCCCCUCGACCUCGCCUCCGAAACCUCGCCCCCAGUCCCGCAAGCGCCCCGACCCUCCCCCUCCUCGACCUCCUCCCGCCGCACCACGCCCCGCUUCCCGCUCCUCGUCUCGCACCACCACUACCACCGCCGCGGCCCCCGCUCCAGGCCUCAACACGCCCUCGGCGAGCCCGCAGGCCGCGCGCCGACCCCCCACGCGCUCCCUCGGCGUGACGAGGCGGGCGAGCGACGGCGCGCCGAGGACGAGAGCCGGCGCGGCAGCGCUCGACGAGCGUGACUUGCGCGGGCGCGCAGUCGGGCCGAGUCGCCGUGCGUCGUCCGGGACGAGGAGCAACGCGCGCACCGGCGGGCGCGAUGGGCGGGGCGAGGAGGACGACGUUGCAGAGCAGCGCCUCGUCGACGAGCCCUCGCCCGCCAAGCGCCGCCGCUCCGACACGCUCAGCAGCCGCAAGGGCCUCGUCUUCAAGGGUCCCGACGUCGACGUUGACGCCCCGCGUCGCUCGCGGCAGCGCGGCGAGCCGCACGACGGCGGUGCGCGCGCGUCGACCUCGUCGAGCCCGGUCAAGGCGCCGUCGCGGCCGAGGAGCAGGGUCCUCGUCCUCGUUGACGACGAGGAGGGCGAGGACGAUGCUGGGCACGAGGACGAGGAGCUCGUGAGCGCGCCCGCGAGGCGCAUCAAGCCCGACCCGGACGGCGCGCCCGCUCUCGAGCUUCGCGCACCUCCACCACGCGCACGAGCAGCGGCGCCGAGCGCAGGGCCGAAACCGGCUCACCCACCACCGUCGCCGAGCUCUGCGUCGCCCUCUCGCGCACUGUCCCUCGGCGGACCCUCGACCUCCUCCUCCUCUGCCUCCUCGACCGCCGCCCGCCGCGCUCACACCCCUUCUACCGCAUCCUCCGGUCCGCCCACCGUCCCAGCCUUCCUCCUCUCCCUCCCGCUCCCCUCCCUCGCGCGCCUCUCCCCCCUCCUGCACGGCCUCGGCCUCUCGUCCGCGCUCGACCUCGUCCAGCUCGCCGCGCCGUCGCCCGCCGCGCGCCGUGCGCGCGACAAGGUGCUCGAGCGCGUCGACGCCAUGGACAGGGUGACGAGGGCCGGGCGGACGGAGGCUGAGAGCGAGGGAGAGAGAGGCGGCGGCGGCGGAGCGGGAGGGGUCACGGCGUGGGAGAGGAUCGUGCUCGACGAGGAGCUCGACGAGGUGUGGCGCAAGUGGGGAGGCGGGGCGAGUGCGACAGAGGGUGCUCAGGCGUGACGAGGAGGAGCCUGUCGCUCUGUGGUUCGGCUGUACCUCGAUGUUGUAGCUCACGGGCGUUAAGAAGGUCCAAGCGCCAAAUCUUAGUCUUUGCCUCGCCUG